CAUCACCACCCCGCGCAUAUCAGAAGUACUCCAAUCUACGUCUUCCAGCAGUCUGCACUGAAUCAUCAUUCGAUUAAUCUCAUCAUGAAUUCUUCUUUCGAUCCGUCACUCUCAACGAGUGGCAUGCGCCCCCCCCUCGCGUCGGCUGAUGCGCCCUCGAUGGCGGACUCUCUCCCCAGUAUCAAUUUCGGAUUCGAGGAUCUUCGGAGUCGCAUGGCGCAGUUUACCGCCCGCUUUGAUGCCUUUAUUGAGAGGGGUCGUAAACAAGUGCUGGAGGAGCGAAAUCAAUUCAAGAUAGGGCUAGCAGAGCUUCAGGAGGACGAGCGCAUGAAGCAGAGGGACUCUGAGAUUCUUGAACUUAAAUCACAAACCCAUCAUCAGAAUCUUCAGAAGGAAGCUGCUGAAGCGGCGGAAAUGCACGCUGCAAUUUCGUCCGUAACUCUGGAACGCAACUCCCGUCUUGCCAAGCGCGAUCGCCUGAGGCAGCAGAUCGAAGAAACUCAGAAGGCCAUCAACCAAAAAAUAGAGGCGCAGAAAACGCACGCCAGGUAUCUGGAUUCACAGGCGCGGCUUAAUGUGCCGGAGUUGGAGUUUUGGCAGGACUAUUUGUGCUUGCGCAUCGAGGGAGCUGGGAGGGAGGAUCGAUUAAAGUUCGUUUACACUCACUUGCUUGAGAAAGACUGGGAGGUAGAAGCCUGGUUUGAACUCGGCACUGCUAGUCGCGAUUACGCCGUGUUCCACACGCGACCCAAGCUAGACCGGGAGGCCCUUGAACAGGAGCUUGAUAUUGUCAACGAAGAUCGUGACUUUGGUGCAUUCUUAAAAAGAAUGCGGAAGCUAUUUGUUGAAACCUUGAAAUAGGGACAUAUCGGGGAACAUGAUUACCUAGCGAGUACAAGUAAUGAU